AUGUAUGAUAAGGAUCAGAUUCGGCUGGUUUAUCUAGAAAUUGGUAAGCAUCGAAAAUUACAUAACUUCUUGAAGUUUUCUGUAAAUGUCCAGGUAGUUUUUCCACUGAGGAAAAUUAUGAUGAAAUUUCCUUUCUUUGUCUUUUCCUUUAUUCGCACGAAAACCCUUUCCUUUAUAUUGUCUACCCAAUUGUUGUUUUCUCCCUUGAUUUCUCCUAUACAAUCCAUUGCAAUAAUUUCUUAGAAUAAAAAUUGAUCUACCCGUUCUUUCCGUAGUCUAACAGGCAAUUCAAGAGAGAAAAGAAAGAUGGUGGCAUAAAAAAAUCAAAUAGGGUGGGGUUGGGGAUUAGUACCUUUCUUUUAUUUUUACUUAUGUGUAUAUUUUUCAUUUCAUUUAUUUUUUCGCGUUGAAUUGAAUUUAUUGUUCACUUUGUAUGUACCUUCGGUGAAAUAUGUAAACUAUUUUGAUUUUUACCCCAGACGAGAUUAAAAUACAAAUCUCACAUAGAUCGGAAAUUCAAUCAAUUGGCGCGGGAUUUGAUAGAUCUAGCAUUGUGCCUAUCAAUGACGACCAACAAGGAGAAAACACACAAGGAAACCGGAAGGAUUUCUCAACGAUGACCCAGAUUUGGAAACAUCUUAUCCAGAUUAAAAGGCCUAUUGAGCAACUUCUUAUGUAUUUAAGGCACGGGCUAGGAGUAGAAGUCAAAGACUACAGGGAGGGAAGUUUGGUGAUAUCAGUGACCUGCAGCUCUCUUCAUGCUCUUGAGAGACUUUGGGAUGAUUACUGCAGUGGUAAUCUCAGUCAAGUAGUGCAGCAAUUACUCGUCACGCCUGAAGCUUUGAAGGAGCUUGGUUUAAGUCGUUUGGAACUGAGAACCACGAUUACCGAAGAGGAGUACAAAAAAUACAAAGACAUU